UCCUUUGGCUGUGUCAAGUGGCGGCCACCAACGUGGAGAGCGGAAGCCGCCGUGAUUCUCUUUCGAACGCCUCCACUGUGUGAGUUAAAAAAGAAAGAAGAGCGCAGGUGGCGGCGGUUUGGGACUGUACCAUCUCGCCUACCUUGAGAUAAACAGGGGAGCGGCUGGAGACCAGACAGAUAUAAGCAGCACGUGAGGCUGCUGGGUGGUGCCGGAUUCUCACCUGUGAGAAGGGUCGCCACUUCCCUUCCCGGCACCCCCGCAGUCGCUGAAGGUUUGGCGCGCCCCAACCGCUCUCCUGAGUGAGAGAACCUGAGGCGCGAGGAGGACGCGGCGGGUCAGUCAGUCAGUCAUAACCGGUUUGAACCGGAGCGCUAGGAGGAGCCGCUUCAGCUGCCGCCAUGGCUGAGACUGAGGAGAGGAGCUUGGACGACUUUUUCGCGAAGCGAGAUAAAAAGAAACGGAAAGAGAAGAGCAGCCGGGGAGGUGCCACGGCAGCGGCUUCUUCGGCCGCCUCUUCCAACGCCGCUGCCGCCAGUGGGACUGGGGGAAGCCGGCAAGCCGAAACGGGCUCUGGGGCGGCCUCUCAUUCCAACGCCACGGCUAAGGUGGCAUAUAAGGAAGAAGAUGACUGGAAGGAAUUUGAGCAAGAAGAAAUAGUUGACUACAGUGGUCUGAGAGUUCAAUCCAUGCAAAUUAGUGAAAAAGAUGAUGAUGAAGGUGAAAAAAAAGAAGAGCCAAGCGAUAAUAGUGAAGAACCAGGUGGGUGUGUGGAUAAGGUGUCUGGUCCUUGGAAUAAAUCUGCUCCUACACAACAAACAACAGUUGUUGAAACUGUCGCAGAAAGCCCAGAGCCAGUGCAGUCCAGUGGAGUAUAUAGGCCACCUGGUGCAAGAGAAGGCAGGACACGAAAAGUGCCACAAGGACCCCCGGAGAUCUAUAGCGAUACACAGUUUCCAUCAUUGCAGUCUACUGCCAAGCAUGUUGAUACUAGAAAGGAUAAAGAAAUGGAGAAGAGCUUUGAAGUAGUAAAACACAAAACUAGAGGUAGGGAUGAGGUUUCAAAAACCCAGGCAACUAAACUUCAGCUAGACAACCAAUAUGCAGUGCUUGGGGAUCAGUAAAGCUGCACACACAUUACAAUUACAGUGGUUAUUUGAUACCCUUCCAGUCUUAAGGUAACUAAACUACACCUAUUAUGAAUGUGCUGUCUUAUUUCUGCUGGAUCUUCUGCAUCAAGUGCAGACUACUUUUCACGUGAUUGGCUCUUCUGCACUAUGGAAAUAUGCUUAAUUUGGUACACCUGACUUUCUUCUUUGGAUAUGAGGGAAAUUAAUGUAAAUGGUCGAACAAGAGUCCCAAGUGUUUUACUCUGCAGCCGGUGGUUAUUUCACAUUUUUUUAUGUUCAGAUACUGAGCCUUCGUAAGGGUUGACUACCUCAGACUUGCUGCACUCAUUGUGGACACCAUGUGGAUCACAACUUCUGGAAAAGGUUACAACUCUUUAGUGGCCAUCUGAAACUCGAAACCAGCUCUCCUGGAUUCCUCUCAGAAACCCUGCAGAAGUCAGCCAUUUGGGUUCUGGUUUACUAUAGAUGACAAAUUUAAGUGACCUUAAAUGAGCAAUUUGUCCUUUGCCCCCAUCUAUUACAUCCUUUCAUAUGUAGCCAUAAUUUACUGGGAACCUCUAGUCUAUACCACUUUCAGACAUAUGCAGUAUAGUGUUGAGCUGUAGUUUGUUUUUUAUUUAGGUGGCCAGAAAAUACACAUCCAGGUAGAAAAUGUAGGGAUAUUUGUCUGCAUAUAUUAAUUGGUGUCAGCUAUGUACAUUCUUUAAUUACUUUCCUGGCUUGAGAAAUUGCAAUAUAGACAAGUAGCAGCAUGAAAUAUGCAGACUAUCCAUACUUUUUUUUAAUGGUUUUCCAAGUGACGACUAGGAUUUCUGUAGUUUGCUUCCAAUGGCCAAUAAAUGUCUGUGCUCCCCUAAUAUCGGAAGCUCAAUUUUUGGGGAAACAUGCCAUAUACUUAGCCUUAACAAUGUAUUAUGGCAAGUAUCAGCUGUUGGUCGCACACACUAUUGUAUUUGCAGGAUGGAAAUAAUUAUGUCUCAUGAAAAAUGUCCAUUGUUGUGGAUUUUUACUGGUUGAAAUGUGGAAAUAUUCUGGGAAUGAGAUGUACUUUUCCUCUGCUGCCCGAAGAUUUAGUGACAACUUUAGUUGUAGGUCACUUUUCUGACCUAUAUGACCAUGGAGAGUUACUGCAAGUAUUUGUAUGCUAAUAUUUGCAUUAUGGUAUACUGUAUAACAUUGAGUGAAUAAAAUUCAAAACAACUCCUGGAGAGGUUCCUGGAAUAUAGAUGGUAAUCCUAGUUAUUUUUUCCUCUCUUCUAAAUCUUGAGGGGGCCCUAGCCUCCAAGAGUCCACCUUCUUUCUGGAGUUUUGAGCAGGAAUUCAGACUUCACAGAAUUAUUGCUUUGUGAGACAGAUAGGUACUUCAUCAAAAUGUGAUGCCUUUUGCAAUUAAAGACCUGCUUUGAUGUGAAAUUACUAAUUUACUGAACAAACUUUUUUCUCUGCUUAGAAUGGCAUUGUCUUCAUUCCCAUAGAGAUUUGUCAUAAUUGAGAAAAAAGCUACUAAAUAGUUGCCUUUAAUAUAGAAAUAAAGCCAGGUCAGUGGAUGCCCAGAUCACUGGAAGUAAACCUGCAGUUGACACCACUGAGUUCUGAGUCUUUCCCAAAUAUGUGUCUUUUUGCCAACAAAACAUUUGCAGGGUAUUAAAGCUUAAAAAAAUUAUGUGAAAUUGUAUGUCACUUGAUGACAUAGCAGAAACAUACAAUUUUAAAUCCCAACUUUGCAUUUUAUUAAGAAUGCUGUUACACAUGAAUCAGGUUUUCAUAUACUGUAUGAUAGGGUAGAUGAAGCUGUCCUUUGUAAUGUCUCUUGAGUAACUGGGCAUAGAUGGCAGAGCAGAAUAACAUUAUAAAAUUAAUAAAUAUAAUAAAUAGCAAUGUACAUGUUUUCAUGAUACCAUGCAUCAUUUAAAAUAAGUAUGGCAAACCUGAUGUAUGAUCAUGAUCUUCAAACUUGAGGCUGCAAUCUUAUGCACAUCAUGAGAAAGUAAGUCUGAUUUAAUCCUGUGAGCUUACUUUUGAAUAGUUGGAAUUAGCUUUACGCUGUUGCUAAGGAUGGAUGGCCCUCAGCUAGCUGGAUACGUCUGGUCACGGUCUACCUCACCCUGCAUGCAUACUACCACUAGCAAAAACCACAGACAAAUGUGAAGUGGCUAAUUAAUUGAUGGCUUGCUAUUUGUGAGGAAGCAACUCUGCUGAGGAUGACAGGUAUUUGUACUGAAACAACUAUUCACCCAGCAGUUCCAUUUUAGUACUCUUUAGAAGCUGUAGAUUUAUCUGCAAACCCUGUAACUCUUGGGUGCUCCCUAAAUGACCCUGAAGCCAGCAGACCCUUACCCACUUAACACAGAGUCUGGUUGAUCUCCUGGGCUUUCAGGGGGGAGAUGUUGUUUUCUGUCUUUUGAGAUUGCCAUUUUUCUGCUUUAAAGCAGCAGAAAAACUGCACUUGGUUGUACUUAUAGGGAUAGAAGAUUUAACCCUCUGUAAUCCUAGAUACCAAUUGAGCAGGAUGGGGAGAUGGGGAGGGAAAAUAUCUGCAUGCUCCAAUGGGAUCCCCUGAGCCAAAACAAGAUGUUUUACUUGAGGCUGAAAAGGAAGUGUACCCCUGCCCUGCAUUCUGAUUCCUCAGUUUUUUUUCACAUUGAAGAACAUGCUUUGAUUGAAAUAGUAAGCCACUAAAAUUUAUCUAAAACACUGAAAUGUUUUUUUUUUUAAAUUCAAGAUACAGUCCUAAAAAAUAAGAUGCCUAGUUAUUUGAUACAGCUGAAUUAUCCCAUUAGGGCUAAUUGUAGUCUUCCUCACUUGAUCAAGUUAUAUUUCUGUAGGUGAUCUUUGCCCUCUUAACACUGAAGUUUCUGGACAUUAAUAGAAGCCUAACUAGCUCUCUUUGUGAUAACAUAUAUCCUAUUAUAGAAUUCCUUUGCAGAUUUGAGAAGUGAGGAAAAAGUAAAGUCAUAUGGACUGCAAAUGGUAAUGAUAUAUUUUGGACAUCUGUUUUUCAGUUAAUUUCUGGUAAACUCUCAAGUAAGAUUUUUGGCUAUUUACUUGAAGAAUGGAUCUAGCCUACUGUAGCCACUUGCUAAAAUUUCAAGAAAUACCCUAAUAUUUCUGCAACUGAAAUCAAAGCUGACCUGUAGGAAUCCAUUACGGACUUGUUUCGUUUAGCUACUUAUUCUAUAGAUGGAUGUAAUACAGAAAUACUUCUAGUAGACUGUAUACCAUAUUACUAAUUGGUCAUACCAAUCUUUAGCUGCAUCACUGAAUUACUGACACUUUAUUAAAAGUCCAUGUCAUUGUCAUGUCCAAAACUGAUAUAGUAGUCAUAACCUAUACUUCAGUCAGCACUUGAAAACCAACUUUGGACAAAUGAAUGUGAGGGUCAAUUAAGUGAGGUGUGUAUGGUUGUUUUUUUAAUUUAAAAUGUUGGUAGCUUAACAAGGAAUACAUGUUGAGAGUAGAGUUUGUGGAAUAGCCUUUUUAUUCUGUAUAUGGCUGCGUAAUUUUAAUACACCUGAUAUUGGGAAGUAUUGGUAAAGGGAUCCCAUGGAAUGGAGUGCUUGAGAGCCUUUACCUAAUUUCCAGAGGCUUUUGUAGAGCUACUCUAGUGUGGAAAUUGCAAUACACUGUGCAGAUGUAGCAGUGCCUAUACACAGUGUGGGGUCAUGAUCACCUUACACUGUUGGUGCACCUGCUGGAUAUAUCCUGGAAGCCACAUUAGAUAGGAGUCUAGCUGCACAGAGUGCUGAACACAACUAUUGUUUCAAGAACUUGAGGAAUACUGGGCUGUGUGCAUACAGGCUCCUAUUCCUAAUUGAUAGCCAGUAAAUUGGCAACAGGCAGGUAGUAUCUAUCUUUAGCCUACCACCAUCAUUCAGACUCUAGUUAGAGCUUUCUGAAGGGAUGGCAUCUUCCAUACACUUUUCUUUCUACUUUAGUAGGACUUGGUUAUAGAAGUGCUCAGUGUUGCCCUUCGACCGCUCUUAUGACCUCUGAUACUUAUAGCAGAAUAUGUGGACUACUGGAAGUAAUAUUUGAAAGAAUAAACUAAAUUUGCAUUUCUUUUGAUAAACUGUGCCUAAGCCUAGCAAAUUAGAGACAGCUGAUCUGACUGUUUUCAGUAAUGGUUCUUGGGGCGAAUUCCAACAGCAAAAGUUCAUGCCAUAUUGAAUAGGGCUAUUCCUUUUAUCCAACUUAGAAGUUGUGAAACAGCUAGCACAAUGCUAGUUGACAGUAAGCAUUAAAUGUACUACAAGGGGUGAGAAUAAAAGCUUUGGCAUUGAUUCCUUCCCUUCUAUGACAUAAUGUAAUUCAAAAUAGACUGAUGCAGCUGUAUUCUGCAUUGUAUAUAAUGUGUCUGAGAAGGGAAGUGAAGAAUUGUUUGAUAUAAAGUGUGUUCUGGUGUAGAGAAUGUUCUGAGAAAACAGUAUAAGACUCCUUUGGCCUAGCUAUCAUUCAAGUAUGAGGAUAGUCAACAUGGGACAGAAUGAGGUGAUAGAAUUGUGUGUCUUUUGGACUGCAGGGUUAGAUGGUUCACAUCUUGAAUGCUACAUCAUGUUUCUUACAGAGGAAAAGAUCACAUAAGGGGGAGAGGACUACACUAAACUUUUCUCAGUGUACUUAUCUGAAAAAAGGGUAUGGAGGAGCAUUCAGAAAUUGUGCAUGACUUUGAAGUGGGACAACCUGAAUUCUUUUCACUUCUACCAACUCAUUCUGCCAGAUAUGCAAAACUGCUCAAUGUUAGAAGAGAGGAAAGUACAAUGAUAAGAAAUCCUCUAGGAUUGGGGUUUCUCUCAAAGCAAAUUCAAAACUACAUUGUUCUUAUCUGGAAUUGGUUAAGUAAAUGAGAACAUUACUGAAAUGAAAAAUCAUUUACCUAAUCAUACAUUUAAGUAAUCUUAAGAAUUAGAAAUGUUGUCACUUAUGCCAUCAAAAAUGAAAUAUAGUAAUUUUGCUGGUAUGGAUUACUCCCUUUUAUUAUAGUGUUUAAAUAUGAAAACUUGUCAAAGAGCACAUCCAUGAACAUGGAUGAAGAAAGCUGAACCCAUUGCAAGGAAAGCAUCAUUUGUUCCAAAUACGACAGAGAAGUGGGUGGACAUCUUUGUGUGCCUCAGUUUACUAGGCUGUAAAAAGAAUCCUUCCCUACCUCACAGGGGUGUUGUGAGGCUGACUUCAUUGUUUGUAAGAUGCUUUUGAGUUUUCCUGAAGGAAGGUGCUAUUGAAGUGCAAGAUAUAACUAAUCAGCUGACAUCUGGCUGAUUCUGACACAAUAAAAAUUCAAUUUAGUUUUCAUUACAGUAUUUUGCUACUAUAGAAAGCUUCUCUACAAAACAUUAUUUAAAUGUGUAUGGAUCAUGUAAAAUGGACUUUGCAAGAAGGCAUGGUUGAAGUUUUCAAUCUUUAUGCAUCUCCUUCUGGUUUUAUGUGAUUAACUCUGCAGAUCUAAUUGUAUUAACAAGGUUCUUGGGUUUUGCAUGAAAAUUAAGUUGAACUAUAAUUUUUUGUAAACUCCCUGAAUGAAAUAAAUUUAUGUUCACUCUGUUUGUAUGAA